CUUCCGGAGCAAGUUCUGAACAGACUGCAUAAUCGAUACAGAUUCAUCGAUUCUGCUACCCAUGCUUUAUUUUCACUAUGGAGAAACCUGUGGGAUCUUUACAGGAGCAAGCUUUGAAAAGAAAAGAAAGGUUAAAAGCUCUACGAGACCGGCAACUUCAAGGACAGGCAUCUGAGGAUGGAGAGCCUGAGAGAAAAAGAGCUCUGGAGGACUCUGAGACUGAAGACAGACACAGAGAGCUGAAACUGAGGAAUUACACGCCGGAGGACGAGGAGCUGAAGGAGAGACAGGUGCCUAAAGCAAAACCUGCAUCGGUGGAGGACAAGGUCAAGGACCAGCUGGAAGCUGCAAACCCAGAGCCUGUGAUUGAGGAAGUGGAUCUGGCCAAUCUUGCCCCCAGGAAACCAGACUGGGAUCUAAAGAGGGACGUUGCAAAGAAGCUUGAGAAACUAGAGAGGCGAACACAGAAAGCCAUUGCUGAACUUAUACGUGAAAGGCUCAAGGGAAGUGAGGAAGAGCUGGCUGGAGCGGUCGGAGCAGUUGGCAUGGAAGAGGGAGACUCGGAUUGAAUCUGUCGAGAAUGGUCCCCAUCAGAACAGAUUUUCUAGAAGUUUCCAGCCCAGUUCCUCAUUACAAAGCAGUGUGUGUGUUUAAAAUGGAUUUCAUAUGCUGAGCUCAGGAUGAGUUUACACACAACCAGAUCAGGUGAUAAGAAGCGUGGGUGUUUGUGUGAGAGAGAAUGAGAUACAGAAAGAAAAAAUGAGAGAGAUACAGGUGAUUUUGUGUUUUCAUAUGGAGUACACAAAGACGAUUUUCUCUUUUUUUAUUAUUAUUUUGUUGUUUAUAAGUAAACAGUUCUUUCUUUUCUAAAUCGACUCUGUCGUUUCCUCUCUGGGCCUUAUGAUAAAACAUUUUCCAAUGUCAGUACGCUUCUUUUAAAACAGAACCUGAAUGCUGAUAAAGAAGGGCUAAAUUCGUAUUUUCAUGUUUGGAUUUUCUCAUUAAUAUGAGAGAAUUCCAAAAUCAGACAUUACAGAGAAGAAUACAAUAUCAUAAUUGAGAAGAACAACACAGAUAAACUGCAGUACAUUAUUCUGGCUUCAAGAUAUUGAGAAUAAAUUAGUGGGUUUACUUGAGCCAGUCCUUAUCAAGUACUUUAUUUAUUCUAUUAAGUACUUUAAUUAUUCUGCCAUGAUUUAAAAGAUGCAAAUUUUCAGAUACAAACUGAUAGACCUACACUGUAAAAAACUAUUUGUUGAGUCAACUUUAAAUAAUUUGUAACCUGGCUGCCUUAAAAUUUUAAGUUCAACUCAAAACAAGUUUAUUCAACUUGAAAUGUUAAAUUAUGCUAAGUGACAACGUAGAUAUUUGAUUUGAAUCAACUUAAAUAUCAACACAAAUAUCUAAGUUAUUUAGUACAACUUAACAUUUCAAGGUGACUAAACUUAUUUUAGUUGACUGAACUUAAAAUUUUAAGGCAGCAGGGUAACAAAUUAUUUUAAGCCGACUCAACAAAUUGUGUUUUUUAUUUUUUACAGUGUACUGGACAUUUUUGGUUGUAUGGACAGCACAAGUCUUUGACAAUAAAGUGCAUUCCUCACCUCCCUCUGUAACAUGGCUAAAACCAAAAUGACAUUAAACGUAAACUUAUCCUAAACAUCUCAAAAGUUAAUAAUCAUAUAUAAUUUAUUUAA